AUGCCCCCCCUCACCUCCUCAUUCCCCUUUUUUAAACUGUCCAACCUCGACACCGAAGACACAUCUUCCGUCCGCCCCUCCGACUCUACCGAAGCCGAAGAGAAGAUGUGGACGGAUACCGAACUGAUGGAUGAUGCGCGGCCAGGCCGACGAGGUAAUACAGAUGAUCAGCGUUGGAAGUACUCGGCGCCAACAAAGGCCAAGGAGAAGGACGUGGACGAGGGUGAGUAUCUUCCCCAUCCGCUCGAUGAGGCGGAGGAUAACGAAGACGGCAGGUUGCAUGUUGUGAAGUCUUGGUAUCAUGUGCCUGCGGAUGGAGUGAAGGCUGUUGGUUGGUUUAAGAGCCGUGACAGUGCUUCAAAGGGCGCAGAAAAGGACGUUACUCCCAAGUUCUGCGCAUUCCUUCACAGAGCCACAGCAUAUUUCACCUUCGCCACCCAUAAUCUUCACGCUCGUCACACCUCUGUCCCUUACUACAUCCACAACCACAACUCACACGCAACCAUGCAAUCCAAAAUCUUCCAUAUGGCACCACCACUAACCUCACAAUGCCCCGAAGAGCUAGACACAUCGCGCGUCGAACCUAGCCCAAGCGAAGGCAGCCAAUCAGACUGGGUCGAAGUAGCGGAUCGAGAAUGGAGCGACGAGGCGCUGUUGGACGAUGCGAGGCCCGGAUGGCAGAAAUGGGCGAAGUCAGAUGGUGCUAUAAUAGAGCAGGAGGAAAAGAGGAAAAAGCCUGUAAGCGGAGAUGGUCGCGAGUGUCAUUGUAAGGCGACACGUUGGAAGUUGUUAUUGAGUGGGUCUGCAAAAGAUCUCGAGAUGCGCCCAUGCUCAAUUCGAAGUCUCGAGAUGGCUGCGCGCAAGUAG